AGCUAUGAGGGGACGGCGAGUAACAUUACUGUGUGCUGUGUCCCUGUCUAUGUGCAGGCUUCUGGAAGUGUGCUGCGAUGCACGGAAUCUGAAACAACAGGUCUUUGAACCUUUCUGUGACUUGUUCUACGCUGCACUAGGAGGAAAGCUACCUAUCGCCCCUUUAAGAACCAGCAAAGCCCCGCCCCCUUUAGAACCCGGAACUCCAUUUCCCAGAGCUCCUCAUAAUUUGCGUGGCCUUUAUCCUCUGUCAGGCACGACCUACGUUCUGAGUCUGCGCAGUAAUGGCGCGGAAACUACAUUGCCCAGAAGGCCGCGCGGCCGCGGCGGCGGGGACCGCCCAGCCGGCCAGGCUUACCCGAGAGCGGUUUCCGUGCGUGCGCAUCGCACGGGGGCGAACUUCCGGCAGCGUCCCUGCAGCGUCUGGUUCUCUUGUUCUCGGGACUGUUCUCUCCUUUAAUGCGAACCAAAGUCCUGACUGAAGUACAUGGAAAGCGCGGGGAGAGGCGUCGUUCCCGCCGCAGAGCCUGCGCGAGGCGACCUCUUCCCCGCCCGGGCGCCCGCCGCUCCGCGCACCGCUCUUCCCGCCGGUCGUUGGCGGAGGCCGCGCCGAUGAAGCCGGCUGCGGUGGGUGCCGCGACCCCCGGGCCCUCAGCCGCCCGCCCCUCGCCCCGAGCGCUGCUUCCGGACGGAGGGGCGCCCGCGGGGCGGGAGCAGAGGGCGCCCCGGCGUGCGGUCCCGGCUCCGUCCGUGCGGUGGGGCGUGGCGGGGGCGGGGGGACCGGGACCCUUGUGUGUGCGGGGAACGGAGGGCGCGGUGGGGUGUCGCCUGCAGUGGCCACGCCGGCGUCCGCGGAAGGUCGCGAGCGGGCGGGGGGGAGGGGCACGCGCAGAGUCGGGAGUUUAAGGUUCCCAUGGCAUUUGCAGAAAUGCUUAUGAACCCUGUUCAGGUGAAUGGAGGAUGUGACAGACCUUCAUCCACCCUAGUUAUCACCCUGAUGGUUUUGCCAUUCUCAUAUAAAGAAUGAUGGUGUCCUGAGAUUGCUCACCUGGUCUUCUCCCUCCCUUGGGUCUAAAGUCCCUGUGGUUUCACCAAAGCCCAGGGUUUUGAACUGAGCCCUGGAUUCUAUGGAGCGUUUCCCAUUUCUGGCAACUGAUGGGGGGCUUUUGGUUUUUACAGACGUGGCCAUACAUUUCUCCCGGGAGGAGUGGGGGCUCCUUGAUGAGGCUCAGAGACGCCUGUACCACGAUGUGAUGCUGGAGAACUUGGCACUUCUGUCGUCACUAGGUUGCUGGCAUGGAGCCCAGGAUGAGGAGGCCCCUUCAGAGCAAGAUGUUUCUGUAGGAGGGUCACAGGUUAGGACCCCAAAGCCAGGCCCAUCCAUCCAGAAGUCCCAGCCCUGUGAGACGUGUAGCUUGCUCUUGAAAGACCUUUUGCACUUGGCUGAGCAUGAUGGAACACACCCUGAGCGAGGCUUGCACACUUGUGGGGGAAAGCAUUUCCAGCACCAAAAGCAUCAAAUUAGAGAGAAACUUUUCAGAAGUGAUGAGGGGAGGCCUUCAUUUGUGAAGAGCUGCAGAGGUCACAUGACAGAGACGACCUUUACAUGCAGGGAAGGUGGGAAGGACUGCCCAGCCAGCUCAGGCCUUCUCCAACCACAGGUUCCUCAUGUUGUAGGAAAGCCACACUGGGACAUGGCAGGUGGAGAGGCCUUUCAGAAUGAACAGAAUUAUUAUUAUUAUCCCAAUGUGGGAAUACCUGCAGUCAUAAACAUAUACUUGUUGACCAUGAGAAAAUCCACACUGGAGAAAAGCUUUAUGAAUACAGGGAAUAUGGGAAGGCCUUCCUUAGAAAGUCCCACCUCCAUCAGCACCAGAAGGGCCAUGAUGAGAACCCAGAACGUGGAGGAUUCUUUACACAGAUACCUGGCCUCAGUGACCACCAGGGGUAUUCACACCAGGCCAAGGCCUUUUGAGUGCAACCAAUGUGGGAAGGGUUUCCUUAGACUCUCCCAACUUGUUGGUCACCAGAAAAUCCACACAGGAGAAAGACCUUAUGGUUGUAGUGAAUGUGGACAUUUUUUUAGGAAUCGCUCUACGCUCAUUAGACAUCAGAGAGUUCACACUGGCGAAAGGCCAUAUGAGUGCAGUGAAUGUGGAAAAGCUUUCACCCGCAAACAUAAACUUGUUGAGCAUCAGAAAAUCCACAGUGGUGAAAAGCCUUAUGAGUGCAGUGAAUGUGGGAAAGCCUUCAGCCGCAAAGACAAAGUUGUUGAACACCAGAAAAUCCACACUGGAGAGAGACCUUAUAAGUGCAGUGAAUGUGGAAAAGCUUUCAGCCGCAAACAUAAACUUGUUGAGCACCAGAAAAUCCACACUGGAGUAAGGGCUUAUGAGUGCAGAGAAUGUGGGAAAUCCUUUAUGGACAGCUCUUCACUCAUUAUUCAUCAGAGAGUUCACACUGGAGAAAGGCCUUAUGAGUGUGACAAAUGUGGGAAAUUCUUUAGGUACCGCUUCACGCUCAUUAGACACCAGAGAACUCACACUGGAGAAAGGCCUGAUGAGUAGCAAUGUAGGAAAUCCUUUAGUUGCAACUCCACACUCAUUAGACGUCAGACAAAUCACAGUAGAGAAAGGCCUUAUUACUGCAGCAAAUGUGGGAAGUUUUUGUGGUACAACUCCGGUCUCAUUACACAACAGAGAGUUCACACUGAUGUGAGAGUCCUUAUGAGAACAGCGAGUAUGGGGACAUCUUUACUUACAACUCUGGCCUCGUUAAACACUGUCAAAUUUGCAACAAUAGAGAGAUGCCUUAUGAGUGCAGGGAAUGUGGGAGAGUCUGUUGAUUUAUGUCAUUUUACACUAAUUUGCAUUUUUUUAGUAUUUAUACUUGGAAUCCUACAGUCUACUUUUGCAUGGCUGCUUUUUAUUCUGUUUUUACAUAAAUGGAAUCCUAAAGUAUAUCCUUGCAUAGGUAUUUUGAGAUUUAUCCCUAUUGUGUUCAUUCCUUUUUAUUGCUGAGUGGUAUUCCAUUGGGUGUAUAUAUAUAUAUAUUUUUAAAGAUUUUAUUUAUUUAUUCAUGAGAGACAGAGAGAGAGAGAGAGAGGCAGAGGGAGAAGCAGGCUCCCAAGGAGCAGGAAGCCCAAUGCGGGACUCGAUCCCAGGACCCUGAGAUCAUGACCUGAGCCGAAGGCAGACGCUUAACCAUCUGAGCCACCCAGGCGCCCCCCAUUGGGUGUAUAUUAACACAAUGUGUUUACCUAUUAAUGGACAUGUAGGUUGUUUCUAGUGUUGUUACCAGAACAACAACUAUUAUAAGUAAAUACCUGAGAAUAGAGUGUUGCUCAUAGAUGAAUGUUUAACUUUUUAAGAAUUGGCCAAAUUGAUUUCCAAUGUGAAUGUGCCACUUUAUACUCCUACCAGCUGUAUAUAAGAGUUCCACUUGGAACACAUCAUUGUCAAUAAUAGGUAUAGUCUGUCUUUUUUAAGUUAAAAUAAGUGUGUCAUAGUCUUAUUUUAAUAUCUGCAUUUCUUUUUUUUCUUUUUUUUUUCUCUUUUUUUUUUUUUAAAGAUUUUAUUUAUUUGAGAGAGAGGGAAUGAGAGACAGAGAGCAUGAGAGGGAGGAGGGUCAGAGGGAGAAGCAGACCCCCCGCUGAGCAGGGAGCCUGAUGCGGGACUCGAUCCUGGGACUCCAGGAUCAUGACCUGAGCCGAAGGCAGUCGCUUAACCAACUGAGCCACCCAGGCACCCUUAAUAUCUGCAUUUCUGUAAUAACUAGUGAUAUUGAGUAUUUUUUAUGUGCUAAGCAAGACUGUAUUAUAUAUAAACAACAAAAGGACUUAAGGGUAGACAGUGACUGAGCAAAGAGUAAAGUAAGAAAGUAAAGUUUAAGCUAAGUCACUCAAAUUUAAGUUCAGCUGCAUAUGAAGUGAUUGCCAAAAAACUUUAUGAACCGUCUGCCUUCUACACAAAUGUCCAAGGCAUUUGUUCUAGAAUUUUCUUACUUGACUACUUUUUUUUUUUAGUGUCUUCAAGGUAUGUUUUUGUAACAUAAAAUUUCUUUUUUUUUUUAAGAUUUAUUUAUUUAUUUAUUUGAGAGGGAGAAUGAGAGAGAGCAUGAGAGGGAGGAGGGUCAGAGGGAGAAGCAGACUCCCUGUGGAGCAGGAAGCCCGAUGCGGGACUCGAUCCCGGGACUCCAGGAUCAUGACCUGAGCCGAAGGCAGUCGCUUAACCAACUGAGCCACCCAGGCGCCCCGUAACAUAAAAUUUCUUAGAAACGUUUUAAAUAGUUAAUCAUUUUAAUAGUGAUAAAAAUAAAUAAUAUAAAAUUUGCUAUUUUAAUCACUUCUAAGUAUUUGGUUCUGUUGCAUAUUAGAAUUAUCCAGAAAAACAGAACCAAACUAGUGUAUGUCUGUCCAUAUAUGUAGUAUAUAGAGAGAUUUAUUUUAAAGUAUCGGGUGACACGAUUAUGUUGGCUUAGCAAGUCCAAAUCUUCAGGGUAACUUGGCAGACUGGAGACUCAGGUAAGAAAUCGCAGGGCAAGGGGCGCCUGGGUGGCUCAGUCAUUAAGCGUCUGCCUUCGGCUCAGGUCAUGAUCCCAGGGUCCUGGGAUCGAGCCCCGCAUCGGGCUCCCUGCUCUGCGGGAAGCCUGCUUCUCCCUCUCCCACUCCCCCUGCUUGUGUUCCCUCUCUCACUGUGUCUCUCUCUGUCAAAUAAAUAAAUAAAAUCUUAAAAAAAAAAAAAAAAAGAAGAAUUGCAGGGCAAGCCCAAAGCAGUCAGCAGACAAAAAUUCCUUCUAGUUUAUGCAGGUUACUGCUUUUCUAUUAAUGCCUUUGAGUGGUUGAAGCCUACCCUCAUUACGGAGGGUAAUCUGCUUUACUCAGAGUCUACUGAUUUAAAUGUUAAUUCAAAAAGCAUUUGAAAGAAACAUCCGGAAUAAUGUCUGACCAAAUAUCUGGAUGCCAUGGUCUAGCCUAGUAGACCCACAAAAUCAACCAUCACAUGUAUUAUUAAGUACAUCACCAUCCAUCUUCAGAACUUUUUCAUGUUCCCUGAACAUAUUUUUGUAUCAUUAAACACGUUCUUCCCAAUUUCACUCCCCCCAACACCCAGAAACUACCAUUCUACUUUGUAUCUCUAUUGUCUAUGAAUUUGACUACUCUAGAAACCUCAUAUAGGAGAAAUCAUGCAUUUGUCCUUUUGUGACUUACUUCAUUUAGCACAAUAGUUUCAUCUUGGACAUUUUUAUUAUGAAUACAUCACAUAGAAAAAAAAGAUCUUGAAUUAAAGUUUAUCACUUCAUUUUUCUAGACUUACAUCCACUGGUUUUGGAUCAAAAUUCAUGGCUCAGUCCCAUUUUCUAAAGUGAUCUAUUUUUUUCUUGUUGUCAGCUUGCAAGAUUUUCUUUAUUCUGUGAUACUUUAUUUUAAUACGACAGACUAUAGAAAUGAUCCCUGAAAGUACAGUAGGUUAUGGGUUAUUCUUUUAUAAGUAUUUGUCUCACUAAAUUUUCCUUAUUCACAGAUUCUGUGUUCAUGUCCCUUAUUUUUUUAAAUGUUUUUAGAUUUUUAAAGCAUCCUGUGAUCUGAACUUACAGCAUUUUAAUUCAUAGCUAGUUGUAUUCAUUGUUAUUCAUCCCACCUACUCUAUUUUUCACAUAUUUUGUAUUUUAUAGUUAUUUUGAGUUGAAAUCCUCAUUACUUACAUGACUCUGCUGUUGUCCUUUCCAGUUUUUAAUAAAAUUUAUAUGCAUGCUUUAUAA